AUGCGGACACCUACUCAGGCGCAUCCAGAAGCUCAUCCAUUCAAACUCCAACCAACAAUUCAUCAUGUAUUCGACAAGGAACAAACCUUCCUUCUUCCCGACUUACAUCUCGGUAAUAGCAUUCUCGCGAGAGACAUCAAGCGCAACAGAAAAGGCCUCAACAGGCGCGGAGCUUGGGCUGAAGCUGAACUAUUCAUUCUCAGUAAGCUCCGUAUGGGCUUCCAUCCCGAGGUCAUUGACUCAGAGAUCUGCUCUGAGAUCUUGAGUAAUGAAGGCUCAGAUUACAAGACCAUGUUCUUAAAAUACGCUCGGCGCAUUCUCGUCAACUUGCGCACAUCAAGUAUUCUUGGACAUGUGCCGACUAUUGCUGAAUACAACGUGAUUGCCAUCGUUCAGGACCAACGUGUCCGAUUUCAGAUGAUGAUGUACGAGCGGUUACAGGAUAGCAGACUCGUCAAUCAGUAUGGGAUGGAUGACGAGAUUGCGCGUGAGCUGAAAUCUGCUGAAGCUCUCAAUAUUCAACAGGAACAAAUGUUGCAGCAAAUGCGGGAGCAAGAUCAGAGACAAGUUGAGGAGCAAUAUAGAGCAAACGAAGAAGCAUUACGCUCUGAACUCGCCGAUGCGAAGUUUCGAGCCGAGUCUGCAGAGAAUCAACUCAAGUACCAAAAUGCGAUGAGAUCUAGACAACCUAGCAAUGCAGGUUCUUCUCGAACACCGGCCUUUGAGAAUGACUUCCCUCGAUUCCGUACGAACGGAACUAGUCGAUACGCACCUGCUGAGGGAGACCGUACUCGUGCUUCAGAUGUUGACGACAUGCGCAGUCAACGAUCCUUCCGCCCUGGUUUCGACGAUCGUGGUAUGCCAAUGAACCAGCGUGCAGGUGAUCCAGACCGCAAGCCGGCUGAAGAAGGAUACCGUUAUGUUGAAGGUGUCCGCUUUGGCAGAGAUCAUGUGCCUCAGAAUCGAUACUCAAAUGGUCAAGGUCAGGGCCGAGGUCAUCCAACACCAGGAAACCGCUAUGUAGGACCCCGCCAAAACGAAGACCGUGGUAAUCCUCAACACCGUCAACCAUACAAUCAAGGCCAAGAGAAUUACCGUGGUACUCCAGAUCCCAGAGAUCGUGCUCCGCCUCAAAAAAAAAUCAGUUUCCGAACCGUCAAAGUCCAGGAUGUGCAAUUCCCGAAAACCACUAUCCGAAUGUCGAGCGCUCACAGUAUAGUUCCACCCGUGACUACGAUCGUCGAUCCGAGAAAAGCUCGUUCACCCACCGCCAUAAUGAACAACGUCGUGUUGAGAGAUUUCGAGAAGGAAUGCGUACUGAGAGGAAUGAAUCGUUCUUAUACGCAACGUCGACGGUGA